AAAAAUGACAACUAACUACCAAUUAAUUCGUUAUCAAGCUGAUAAUAUACCCAAUUUCGAUGGUAAUAGUAAGCAAGUAAAUAGAUUUAUUUCUUCAUGUGACAACUUUCUUUCUGCGCAUCGAGAUGCAAAUGCCAAUGCACCCAUUAAUGUUGCUCUUUUCGAUACUGUGUUAAGUAAACUCGUUGGUAGAGCCGCAGAUCUUAUUGCCUCUAGAAUAGAGCUAAAUACUUGGACUCUAGUAAUAGAAGCAAUAAUUGCCACAUUUUCAGACCAAAGGUCUAUAGAUUGUAUAAUACAAGAUAUCUUAACUCUAAAACCAGAUAAAAAUGAAAGCCCUUUACAAUUUGGCAUCAAAAUACAGGAUGCUCGAAGCUUAUUAUUUUCCAAAGUAAACACAUCAAAUGACAUCAGAGAACUAAAAUUACUAAAAAUAUCAGAAUACGGUAAUUUAGCCAUGAAAACUUUUAUUAGUGGAUUGAAUUACCAUAUGCAACUUGUGGUGAGACUCAAAAAUCCGAAUUCUCUUGAAGAAGCUAUAGCAUUAGCCCAAGAGGAAGAAAAUUAUAUCAACUACAAAAAUCGAAAUAACGCAACAAUUAAUAAAUCUCAACCAACAAAUACAACUCUAGAAAUACUCCAUUUGCAAAUCUCAAUCAAUCAAGACCAAAUUCUUACCAAUUCAGAAACAAUCACCAAAUGAUUCGCCCAAAUACUUUCAAUAGACCACCCUCUAACCAAUUCCGACAAAAUCCGGCUUCCAAUCAAUUUAGACGCAACCCUAAUUACCAACCUGUUGAGCCAAUGGACACAUCAUCAGGCAAUACAAUAAUUAAUAAGCCACCAAACCCGUUUAAACCCACACAACCAAGGAAUUUCAGGAGUGAAGAAUUAUUCAAU